AUGACCCUCAACUGCUCAAUAGGUAAUGACCCCCAAAAAGACAUACUCAACUGCUCUUUGCGCCCACAACACCCCCGCUUUCCUCAGGGCUUCAUCUUCCCUGCUUCCGCCUUCCGCCGGAGACACCGUCCCGCGCCCCACUACGCGCCGCGCCGCGCCGCGAGUCCUGCGUCCGUCCUGCGGCGUCAGGACGGCCGGACUCUGGCGGUGGAUGCCAUCACGGGCGGAUUGAUCCAGAAGUGGAACGAGGAACACCCGGACAAGGCUUUGAAGCCCAAGGAUCGGAUCGUCGAAGUGAAUGGCCUUCGCGGCGAUGUGCUACAGCUCGUGGACGAGUGCAAGAAACCCAAGGUGCUGAAGAUCUAUGUGAAGAGGGAGUCAGCUCAUUGA